AUGGAUAGACUGGCGAAUGAAUCAUCAAUAUCAUCAGAGCAGAUAAUCAAGCAUCCAGUGGGAAUCAAGGAUAAUGACACUGGUUUGGAUACUUUUGAUGAACCAGCUUCCAAUCAAGUGUUGCCCAGUCGGCACCGAUCAUUCUCCACCCCCAACCUGGUAUCGUCAUUGAAUGGAAUUUUCAGUAGAUCAAGGACAUUGCUGACAUCAUCAAGGAAGGGCAACUUGGAGGAGGAUAAUGAUGGUACUCAUUGCUCAGAGGACUUGAGAAUACGUUCAUUCACCGAAUCACAUCGUAACUUACCGAGUCUGAGCGAGUGCCAAGAUAUACUCAAGAUUGUCAAGAAUGAACAGGAUGAGAACCAGCUCAACUUGAUGGCUCGAUCACCUCCCAGCAACAGUAUAAUAUUGAUAACAAAGGAUAUUUGCGACCAUGAUCAGUACAUAGAAGAUAAAGAUGAUGUCCAAGUCUACACAAUCCAACAAAUGCCUAUCCCAAUUCCUUUGCCAAAGCCUGUGUCAUCCAGACCCAUUCCCCCGCCUCGUACCCUUCUGGCCCUACCAUCAUCUGAGAUUGUUCAAAUCACAUCGAGUCCAGAGUGUUCUCCCCCAGCUCCGUCAUCGACAUCUACUGCCAUCACUUUAGCAUCCAACACUCCCAACCUCAACCUUCAUAACAAACGAUGCAACACCGAUGAGCAUGCAAGAUGCUUUCCAACUUGA